CGGAAGUGACCGCGAGACACUUAUGGCGGCACUCUGUCCAAUUCCUGAUUUCUUUGAAAGUUGCGUUGACGGCGUCUAGUUGGGACCUUUGCCAUAUUUCGUAAACCAACUUAUUUAUCAACGAAACUAAGCAAGGUUAGAAGGGCAUUGUUUGCAUUUCAUAAAGACGUCUUUUCACACUUAGUGAAAGUCUAGCUUGCUAGGUAGUGACCGAGAACCAGUGAAUGUUAUUCGUCUGGAUUCCUCGCUUUCGUAUUUAAUGACGGUUUUGCGUUGUAGGCUACUUUUUACGUUUUAUAUUUUCAUUCAUUUUCAGUGGAUUGUGGCGAAAGUGAGAUUUAAACUGAGCCCACGAUUGCCAUUGGCCAGUGUCUACUCGACCUGCAGUUUCGGGAGGGAAGAGGCUGGGGUCCCGACUCAAUUGGAGUCGCUCGGGUUGAACCAUGCUGAAGACUCAUCACCGUUUACUUGGCAUUCACACUUUCGUCGGAGUUACAUCUAGAAUAUGGGGGUUUAUUCUGUACAUACUCAGAAAGCAUUUACGGACGAUAAUCCAGUACCAAACGGUGCGUUAUGACACACUAUCUCUGUUGCCUGUGUCCAGAAACAGACUCAAUGCAGUCAAGAGGAAGAUUCUGGUGCUGGACCUUGACGAGACCCUAAUCCACUCCCACCCUGAUAGGUUUGUGAGGCCCAAAGGGAGACUCAAAGUGAGACCAGGCACUCCACCAGACUUCAUCCUAAAGGUGGUGAUCAACAGAGAUCCUGUCAGGUUUUUAGUACAUAAAAGACCGCAUGUGGACUUCUUCUUAGAAGUGGUGAGUCAGUGGUAUGAGCUGGUGGUUUUCACGGCCAGUAUGGAAAUAUAUGGCUCAGCCGUGUCUGACAAGCUAGACAGAGACAUCCUUAAACGAAGAUACUACAGACAGCACUGUACAUUGGAUCUGGGUAGCUAUUUUAAAGUUCUUUCUGUGGUGCACAAUGAUCUAUCUAGCAUAGUCAUCCUGGACAACUCGCCUGGAGCCUACCGCAUCCACCCUGACAAUGCAAUACCCAUCAAAUCGUGGUUCAGCGACCCAAGCGACACAGCUCUACUUAACCUGCUUCCCAUGCUAGACGCACUUAGGUUCACCUCAGAUGUCCGAUCCGUCCUCAGUCGAAAACUCCAUCAGCAUCGGCUAUGGGGAUUCGUCCAUCAGGGCUAGUAUCAGCACCUCCACUUCCUCUCUUUUUUAGAAUGCCCUUUUUCCUGGUCAUCUCUCAAUCUCCAUGGUGUGACCCUUUUUAAGAAGAGGGAGGGCAAAGACUGGGGGCCACAAA